CCUUCAUCGUUUUCUUGUGUGCAAGACAUCCAUCAUUGGUGGGCCAUAAAGCUCAGCCACGAGGACGAUGACUUGAUGUUCAGCUAUGCAGAACAGAGAGAACGGAAACUCCACAUAUGCCUUAUCAACGAAUCAAACUCAAUAAACACCAGCAGCGGAUGCUUGUUCCAACAUCCUAGUCAAAGAGGGGAAACCCGGGCAGCUCGGAGAGCUGCGGCGACCCAUGCGAUUAUGGCAACAUGGGACAUGAGAACUUGCCGGGCCAUUAACGGACUUUCGCACGGCCGUGGGCUCGGGCUUGAGCAACUGUAUGUAGAGAGACCGGGAUGCUGAUGUGGCCAUUUCGCUCAGGCAGGGUUGGGAGGAGGUUGGCAGAACAAGAGCAUUGACAACUGUAGACCAAUGAUCUUGAGCCGGAACCAAAGUCAUUGAGUCUCUUACAGAAACUUGACUUGGUGAGUCUCUGUUCAAGACCUCUCCCUUCACCAUCGGUGGCUGUUCCUGCGCAAGCGAAUCCCGUAGUCAGAACUUAGUGAGAGUACACAGCCUUUCCGCUCCUAGUCUGCAUGAUGCCCCCAUUGUUGAAUUCUCGGCACUAUGGAAGGGUUUUUGUUCGCAUUUGGUUUCUCAACUUUUUUCAAUAAGAGUUGUUGGUAGUUGCACAGAAAUAAUGGUGCACAGGCUGUCCCGGCACUUGACGCAAUACAGGGAGCCCAAAGUAACGGUCCCGUAGUGGUUUGGCGCACCGUUGAGAACUACGAUUAAGCACCUAGGUAUGUAGGUAAGGCAGUUAUAAGGCAGUUAACUACCUUACCUUACCUACAGAUCGAUCAUUCGGGGGUAAGAAAGCAGAAAUAUCAGAAGCGCCGAGAAUCUGGAAGCGCAAACUCUGAUGCCAUUAUCCUCUCCCUUCUUUUGGUCUAAAUAUCUUCUAGUUGGUGUUCGAAGUCUUUGAUUGGAUGAACCUGGUUGAAGAGCUCUGGAAACUCAAUCGCAAAUAUAGCCCGUACUUCACAUGGGGAGCAAAGCCCUCGGGUAAUUUGCACAGUGCUGUGCCGCACUUAAGAGCUAGAAGGAAGGAGGGUGCGAAAGAACCGAAGUCAACCAAGAGUCGAAAGCCGACGAAUGGCGUUAAAGCGACAAGAGCACACAAUAACAAAGACAACACACAGCGCAACACACUACUAGCACAUAACACGACACUGACACGACACGGCCACAGAAAAGCAAUAACACAACCGGAUAGACAAAUGAGAAACGCCCAGCCCACAACAAACUGACGCGACACAAAGGCAACCUGGACUCUAGCGCAGCCGUGGACGACACCAGAUAGACUCAAAGCCGUUUUUGGAUGCUUUGAUAACUGUUGUUCAUAGCCUGAAGAGCUGCUGAUGAAACAAGGGCAUGAAUGAUUCCUAUAACAUCCAUAAUCCUGUCGGAAAUAUCCAGUGAAUGCUUGCAGUUAAAGAACCUGGCCAGUAUUACCUCAAUUGUGUAUGUAUGUACAUAUACGGGCCAAGCAUCUAACCAGGGAUUGAUGUGAUUGAGUGGGAAAUGGACGACAACAAGGUCCGGGAGGAGAGCAAAGACCAAUCAAAUUGACCCUUGUAAUGUGAUCUACGUAGUC